GGAAUUCCGAAAUUUUAUUAAAUAAUUGCGUUAAAAUUGAACAGUUGGAUGAUCCGAUUUCACCUGUCGAAUUAAUCGUUUCUCGGUGUUCACCGCAACAACUUAUGAACAAAUAUAAUAUCCCUAUGUUCAGAGACGUCAAUGACUUCCUUAUACAUGUUGCUCGUCAGAGAGGCAAAUUGAAGCGUGGUGGAAUUCCCAAUAUUGAGGCAGCUGCGAGAAUUAUUUUACAAGAUUGGAAUUCGGGAAAUAUACCUUAUUUCACCAUGCCACCUACUUCUGUGGAAAAUUCCAUAACAAUGGAAGUGGAAAAUAAUUAA